AUAUAACGAGACCUACAGCUUUUCAGAAUGGCGGUGUCUAUAGAAGGGCUGCUGUCAGAGAUUUCUGGUUUGGAAGAGCCCGUUGAAGAAUUACGAAGUUUACAAACUGCCGUGUUAGCGAUCCCUUUAAACACACUGAGGGAGACUGUUUCGGGGCUGCCGCUACAAGCCUUGUUUUCGCUUUUAAAUACCGAUGACAGGGAACAGAUUGAACUUUGUGUGGUCAUUCUUGGCCGAAUUCUGCAGGUCCUUGAACCUGUUCGCUUGGUCCAAAAUUUUAGAGAAGAGCUUCAAAGAGGUCUGAACCACCCUAGUGAUUCAGUCAAAACACUUGCAUUGGAUCAGAUCGGAAGGAUGGUUGAACAUUCAGAAGCUGUAACAGAAAUUGCUAAUAGCCGUGAGGUGCUGAAGCAAGUCCUUCAGUGUAUUGGAGGGGAGAAAGUAUCUGUUGCUAAUGAGGCUAUAAAAGCACUUUCAAAAUUGGCUCAGACAAAAGCAGGUUUGGAUGCUUUAUUCAUGAGUGACUUGGUGCAAGACUUGAAAGAUGCGAUGACCAGGAGUGAUGUCAUAAGAUAUAGGGUGUAUGAGCUUAUUGUGGGGAUAUCAUCUGUUUCUCCUGUCUCUUUGGGGUACUGUGCAAACAGCAGUUUUCUAUCCCAGCUGAUAGGAGAAUUAACAGGAGAUGACAUUCUGGUUAGAGCCACCUCUAUUGAGAUGGUAACGACACUGGCUCACAGUCAACAUGGACGGCAGUACCUUGCUCAGCAAGGCAUCAUUGAUAAAAUCUCAAACAUGAUCAUUGGUGCUGAAUCAGAUCCCCUUUCUGGCCUCUACCUACCAGGGCUCGUGAAGUUCUUUGGAAACCUGGCUGUAGUGGACAGUCCACAGCAGAUCUGUGAAUGCUACCCUGCAUUUAUUAAAAAGGUAUUUGAAAUGGCUGAAGGGCAGGAUCCGAUAAUGACAGGAGUGGCUUUGGAUACUGUAGGAAUUCUGGGAUCAAACGUUGAAGGAAAGCAAGUUCUGCAGAAAACGGGUGAAAAAUUUCAGAAUCUUUUGAAGAGGAUGAGUCAACUGGCAAGAAAUGCAACAACAGAGCUGAGAGUGCGGUGUUUGGAGGCAAUUGCUUUACUGCUUACUCUGCCAGUAGAGCAGCAGACGGAGGACCUGCUGGCAAUGACAGAGUCCUGGUUCAGUUCAUUCUCCAACCAGCCCUUGGAGUUAUUUAAGAAUAUCAGUUGCCAGCCUUUCCCAGAACUCCACUGCAGUGCACUGAAGGUGUUCUCGGCAAUUGCUAGCCAGGCAUGGGGACAGAAAAUGAUGAUCGAUACUCCUGGGUUUGUGGAGUAUAUUCUAGACAGAUCAGCUCAGCCUGACAAGGAAUCAAAGGAUGCUAAAUAUGAAAUUGUAAACACGCUUGUAAAUUCCAAAUCGACAGCCGGAAUUUUUGGGAACCAGCAAUACCUUCGUCUCAGGACAUAUCUACGCGAAGGACCUUAUUAUGUGAAAGCAGUUUCAUCUGUGGCAGUUGAAGAAGCAGAAUAAACAGAUCACUGCUGGAAACUGUCCAGAAAAGCCAGGGUUUGUUUCUCCUUUUCCCUGAUACUUGAGAUAUGAAUAUGAAAGCUUUCUCAGAAACAAAACAUGGUUAAAUCUAGUGUUCUCUGUAACGUAAAAGCUGCACUUUUCUUUAAACCAUGUACUACAGUUUCUUUUCUACUUAAAUUUUUUUCAAACAUUAUUAUUAUUAUUGCUUUGGAACAUUUGUGACGUGACUUGCUUCUUCAGUUUAAUUCAUUAAACAGGAUCAGAAAAUGAUAAAAUGCACUUUGCAUUGGAUCUUUUUAGGUUUGUAAACUACAGCCUUAUAUGAGUUGUGUAGUUAUUGAAGUUGAAUUGACACUUUUGAAACAAUUUUGUUUUCUGAUUUAAGUUUUGCUGUACUUGUGCUGUUGAUGGAUAAACAAAAUAGAUUUGUGUUUCUAUUUCUAUAUUUUCAUGAAGAAGUGUAUACCUCAAUAAAGAAUUGUGUAGACACAGA